AUGGAUACCCCAAAUGUGAGAGAUGAUGAGGUAGUGAUUGAUAAUCAUGUUGUAUUGCUUGGGAAUGAUGAUGAUGAUGUGGUUUUAGAGCCAACGCCGGGAAAUGAUGAUGAUGGGGUGUCAGGAAACGAUGAUGAUGGGGUUUCAGAUCCAACAUCGGGAAAUGAUGAUGAUGGGGUUUCAGAACCAACACCAGGAAAUGAUGAUGAUGUGGUUUCAAAACCAACGCCGGGGAUAUGUAAUCGAGCAAUUGAUGAUUCUGUGAAGAGGCAGUUAGAUAUUAACGACAAGGCUGGCAUAGGUAUGGCCAAAAGUUUUAAUGCAUUGGUUGUCGAGGCUGGUGGUUUUGAGAAACUUCCAUUUAUUGAAAAAGAUGCAAGGAAUUAUAUAGACAAGGCUCGACACCUUAUACUUGGCAAAGAAGGUGCUGAUGCACUUCGUGGUUAUUUUGAGAGGAUGCAGUAUAAGAAUGAUAGGUUUUACUCAUCGAUGGAUUUGGAUGAUGAGGGUCGAUUAAAAAAUGUCUUUUGGGCCGAUGCAUGCAGCAGAGCAACAUAUGAUUAUUUUGGAGAUGUUGUGACAUUUGAUACAACAUACCUAACAAAAAGAUAUGGCAUGCCAUUUGCUCCGUUUGUUGGUGUUAACCAUCAUGGACAGUCAAUACUUUUGGGAGCAGGUUUGAUAUCAAGUGAAAAUACUGAAACAUUUGUUUGGUUAUUUGACACUUGGUUGAAAUGUAUGGAUGAUAGGGCACCAAAAGCUAUCAUCACUGAUCAAGAUAGGGCCAUGAAAAAUGCUAUUGCAAUAGUCUUUCCAAAUACCCGGCAUAGAUACUAUUUGUGGCACAUAAUGAGAAAACUACCAGAGAAGUUGGGCUCACAUGCUGAAUUUAAGUGUGGGUUGAAAAGUGCAUUGCAGAAAUGUGUUUAUGAUUCUCAAACUUAUGACGAGUUCGAGAAGUCUUGGGAGGUGUUUAUUGACACUUACAAUUUGAAGGAAAAUACAUGGUUUCAAAGUCUCUAUAGUGAGCGAAUGUAUUGGGUUCCCAUAUACCUGAAAAAUACAUUUUGGGCUGGGAUGAGCACAACUCAGAGGAGUGAGAGUAUGAAUGUCUUUUUUGCAAGCACUCAUGCUUCCAUUGAUGCCGAAACUGAAAGUUCGAAGAAAGUGUUGAGCCCUCGUGUUGUCAGAGGCAAGGGCAGGCCCCCAUCAAAGAGGAGACAACCUACAAUAGAGAUGUUCCAAACCAAAAAUAAAAAGGCUGGUGGCAAGCGACAAAGAAAGAAUCCCCCAUCACGGAUGGAAGACGUAUUAAACCCCACAGAAUCGGUAAUACUGCACGACACACCAGAAGCUGUUGUUUCGCAGUUGCCUGGUGAACUUCGCAUGUCCUGGUCCUCUCGAUGA